CCCACGCUUUCAUUCUCCACCUCCCCCCUGCCCUGCACUCUUCCUCUUCUUCCUCCUCCUCAGCCAGGGUGUCUGUGUUUGUGUCUGUUCUAUUGGACGAUGGCUGUGUGACUGAUUGGGGGAAGGUGUGAUCUCUCAGGACAUUGAUGGAUGAAUGGGUGAAGGAAGACGGAGGCGUGAUGGUGAGGUCGGGGUGCGUGUGCUGAGCCAGCAGAAGCAGAAACUUCUCUCUCCUCCAUCGUUCAGUCCUGCUGUGGUGCUCAGAGAACAUCAUUUCAUUUACACUCAGGGUUUCAUAUUUACACCUUUUACAGCCAAGUUCUGUUUUAUCCUGGAUUUAAGUUUUGGGUGAAACGCUCUGGUGCUACUGAGGAUUGGGGAAAAUUCUCCUGGAGUUUGUCCUUCAUGCCUCUCUGGACCUGUCCCUUGUGAGUUCUCCAUCCUCUCUGGAGUUUCAUCAUGGAGCUUCAGAGUGCUACCAGCUCCCUCCCCGGAUCCAUCUCACCCCUGUCCCCGAGCUCGGACUAUGCCGGUGCCUUAUCCCCAUCCUCGGGUGGCCCUGGACCUUCUCACUCUGCCAGCCCGGGUCGGGGCCUGAGUCCCAGCCCCAGCCCCAUGAGAAGGUCCAGUCCAGACCCCGGGUUCUCCAGUCAGGCUGCCUUCAACUACAACCAGCUGGAGGGCCGAUUCAAGCAGCUUCAAGAUGAGCGCGAGGCCGUCCAGAAGAAGACCUUCACUAAGUGGGUCAACUCCCACCUGUCCCGGGUUUCCUGCAGAAUCACAGACCUGUACAUGGACCUGAGGGAUGGACGCAUGCUCAUCAAGCUGCUGGAAGUUCUGUCUGGAGAGAGACUGCCCAAACCCACGAAGGGUCGGAUGAGGAUCCACUGUCUGGAGAAUGUUGAUAAAGCUCUACAGUUCCUGAAGGAGCAGAGGGUCCACCUGGAGAACAUGGGUUCUCACGACAUUGUGGAUGGGAACCACCGACUGACUCUGGGCCUCAUCUGGACCAUCAUCCUUCGCUUCCAGAUUCAGGACAUCAGUGUGGAGACGGAGGACAACAAGGAGAAGAAGUCUGCUAAAGAUGCUCUGCUGCUCUGGUGUCAGAUGAAAACUGCUGGAUAUCCAAACGUCAACAUCCAUAACUUCACCACCAGCUGGAGAGACGGGAUGGCCUUCAACGCUCUGAUCCACAAACACAGGCCCGACCUGAUCGACUUUGAUAAACUGAAGAAAUCGAACGCUCACUACAACCUGCAGAAUGCCUUCAACCUGGCUGAGCAUCACCUCGGGCUCACCAAGCUGCUGGACCCCGAAGACAUCAGCGUGGACCACCCUGAUGAGAAAUCCAUCAUCACCUACGUGGUCACCUACUACCACUACUUCUCCAAGAUGAAGGCACUGAAGGUGGAGGGGAAGAGAAUCGGCAAGGUUCUGGAUAAUGCCAUUGAGACGGAGAAGAUGAUUGAGAAGUACGAGUCUCUGGCGUCCGACCUGCUGGAGUGGAUCGAACAGACCAUCAUCAUCCUCAACAACAGGAAAUUCGCCAACUCUCUGGUUGGAGUCCAGCAGCAGUUGCAGGCCUUCAACACCUACCGGACCGUGGAGAAACCACCAAAGUUCACAGAGAAAGGAAACCUGGAGGUUCUUCUGUUCACCAUCCAGAGUAAAAUGAGAGCCAACAAUCAGAAGGUUUACACUCCUCGAGAGGGGAAGCUCAUCUCUGACAUCAACAAGGCGUGGGAGCGUCUGGAGAAGGCGGAGCAUGAGCGUGAGCUGGCGCUGAGGACAGAGCUGAUUCGUCAGGAGAAACUAGAGCAGCUCGCCCGGCGAUUCGACCGUAAGGCCGCCAUGAGGGAGACGUGGCUGAGCGAGAACCAGAGACUGGUCUCACAGGAUAACUUUGGAUUUGACCUCCAAGCUGUUGAAGCCGCCACCAAGAAGCACGAAGCCAUAGAAACGGACAUCGCCGCCUACGAGGAGCGAGUCCAGGCCGUGGUUGCCGUGGCAAAGGAGCUGGAGGCGGAGAGUUACCAUGACAUCAAACGCAUCACGGCCAGGAAGGACAACGUGAUCCGUCUGUGGGAGUACCUGCUGGAGCUGCUGAAGGCCCGCAGACUGAGGCUGGAGCAGAACCUGGGCCUGCAGAGAGUCUUCCAGGAGAUGCUCUACAUCAUGGACUGGAUGGACGAGAUGAAGAUGCUGCUGCUCUCCCAGGAUUAUGGGAAACACCUGCUGGGGGUGGAGGACCUGCUGCAGAAACACGCUCUGGUGGAGGCUGACAUCGGCAUCCAGGCCGACCGGGUCCGAAACGUCAACAGCAACGCUCAGAAGUUCGCUGCAGACACCGACGGUUACAAACCCUGUGAUCCUCAGAUCAUCAGGGACCGGGUCACUCACAUGGAGUUCUGCUACCAGGAGCUGACUCAGCUGGCAGCUGAGCGGCGAGCUCGCCUCGAGGAGUCCCGACGCCUGUGGAAGUUCUUCUGGGAGAUGGCCGAGGAGGAAGGGUGGAUCAGGGAGAAGGAGCAGAUCCUGUCCUCUGAGGAUUACGGGAAGGAUCUCACGGGUGCCGUCAGACUGCUGAGUCAGCACAAAGCCUUCGAAGAUGAGAUGAGCGGGCGAGCCGCCCACCUGCAGCAGACCAUUAGACAGGGCCAGGAGCUGGUGGCCGACAACCACUUUGGAGCCGAGAAGAUCAAAGAGCGGAUCCAGGACAUCCAGGAGCAGUGGGCGGCUCUGGAACGGCUCUCUGCUGUUCGAAAGGCUCGUCUGCAGGAAGCCUGCAACCAGCACCAGUUCCAGGCUGAUGCUGACGACAUCGACACAUGGAUGCUGGACAUUCUCCGGAUCGUCUCCAGCGUCGACGUGGGCCACGAUGAGUUCUCCACUCAGGCUCUGGUGAAGAAACACAAAGAUGUGGCGGAGGAGAUCGGCAGCUACCGACCCGUCAUCGACGCGCUGCACGAGCAGGCCCGGACGCUGCCGCCGGAGAAGGCCGGCUCAGAGGAGGUCCAGAACCGGCUGGCGGGUAUCGAGGAGCGAUACAAGGAGGUGGCGGAGCUGACCCGGCUCAGGAAGCAGGCGCUGCAGGACGCCCUGUCGCUCUACAAGAUGCUGAGUGAAGCUCGUGCCUGUGAGCUGUGGAUCGAUGAGAAAGAGCAGUGGCUCAACAGCACGGAGAUCCCAGAGAAGCUGGAGGACCUGGAGGUCGUCCAGCACCGGUUUGAGAGUUUGGAGCCAGAGAUGAACAGUCAGGCCUCUCGGGUCGCGGUGGUCAACCAGGUGGCCCGGCAGCUGGUCCACAGUGGACAUCCCAGUGAGAAGGAGAUCAAAGCCCAGCAGGACAAACUCAACACCAGAUGGAGUCAGUUCAGAGACCUGGUGGACCAGAAGAAGGAGAACCUUAACUCAGCUCUGGGAGUCCAGAACUACCACCUGGAGUGUAACGAGACCAAGUCCUGGAUCAAGGAGAAAACUAAGGUGAUCGAGUCGACCCAGGAGCUCGGGAACGACCUGGCCGGCGUCAUGGCGCUGCAGAGAAAACUGACUGGGAUGGAGCGGGACCUGGUGGCCAUCGAGGACAAGCUGAGCGACCUGGGCAAGGAGGCGGAGCGGUUAGGUUCUGAACAUGCAGAGCAGUCCAAGGCCAUCAAAGAACGUCUGUCUGAGAUCACGGGUGUCUGGGGCGAGAUGAAGGACUCGUUGAAGAACCGUGAGGAGUCUCUGGGUGAGGCCAGCAAGCUGCAGCAGUUCCUACGAGACUUGGAUGACUUCCAGUCCUGGCUUUCCCGGACCCAGACCGCCAUCGCCUCUGAGGACAUGCCCAACACGCUGGCCGAGGCUGAGAAGCUGCUGGCCCAGCACGAGGGCAUCAAGAACGAGGUCCGCAACUACGAGGAGGACUACCAGAAGAUGCGGGACAUGGGUGAGAUGGUGACGCAGGGUCAGACAGACGCUCAGUACAUGUUCCUGAGACAGCGGCUGCAGGCGCUGGACACCGGCUGGAACGAGUUGCACAAGAUGUGGGAGAACCGACAGAACCUGCUGUCCCAGUCCCAUGCCUACCAGCUGUUUCUGAGGGACACCAAGCAGGCCGAGGCCUUCCUCAACAACCAGGAGUACGUCCUGGCUCAUACUGAGAUGCCCACCACUCUGGAGGCAGCUGAGGCCGCCAUCAAGAAGCAGGAGGACUUUAUGACCACUAUGGAUGCCAACGAGGAGAAGAUCAGCGGGGUGGUCGAUACUGGGCGUCGCCUGGUCACUGAUGGCAAUGUCAACGCUGAGCGAAUCCAGGAGAAGGUGGACUCCAUCGACCAGAGGCAUAAGAAGAACCGACACGCCGCCAAUGACCUGCUGACCAGGCUGAAGGACAACAGAGACCUGCAGAAGUUCCUGCAGGACUGUCAGGAGCUGUCCCUGUGGAUCAACGAGAAGAUGCUGACGGCUCAAGACAUGUCGUACGACGAGGCCAGGAACCUCCACAGCAAGUGGCUCAAACACCAGGCCUUCAUGGCCGAGCUGCAGUCCAACAAGGAGUGGCUGGACAAGAUCAAUAAGGAAGGCCAGACGCUGAUGUCAGAGAAACCUGACACGGAGGCCAUGGUGAAGGAGAAGCUGUCGUCCUUGACGACCAUGUGGGCUGACCUGGAGUCCACCACCCAGACCAAAGCCAAGUGUCUAUUUGACGCCAACAAGGCAGAGCUGUUCACGCAGAGCUGCGCUGACCUGGAUAAGUGGAUGGCGGCUCUGGACGGACAGCUCCAGUCGGAUGACUACGGCAAAGAUCUCACCUCAGUCAACAUCCUGCUGAAGAAGCAGCAGAUGCUGGAGAGCCAGGUGGAGGUGCGUCAGAAGGAGGUGGAGGAGCUGCAGAAACAGUCCCAAGCCCUGAGCCAGGAGGGGAAAGGCUCGGAGGAGGUGGACGGUCAAAGGAUCAGUGUGGAGAAGAAGUUCCACGCCCUCCAGGCACCUCUGAAGAACAGACGGGACAACCUGAUGGCCUCGCGCGAGAUCCACCAGUUCAACAGAGAUGUGGAGGAUGAGAUUCUCUGGGUGGAGGAGAGGAUGGCUCUGGCUACCUCCACAGACCAUGGACACAACCUGCAGACUGUUCAGCUGCUCAUCAAGAAGAACCAGACAUUGCAGAAGGAGAUCCAGGGUCACCAGCCUCGAUAUGACGACAUCUUUGAGCGCAGCCAGCACAUCCUGAGGGAGGGCAGCCCCACGGCUGAGCUGAUCCGCCAACGGCUCACCGACCUCCAGUCGCUUUGGGACCAAAUGAAGAAGGAGACGGAGAAGCGACAUGCCCGCCUCAGCGAGGCCCACGAGGCCCAACAGUACUACUUUGAUGCCGCUGAGGCAGAGGCAUGGAUGAGCGAACAAGAGCUCUACAUGAUGUCAGAGGAGAAGGCCAAGGACGAGCAGAGUUCAGUGGCCAUGCUGAAGAAGCAUCAGAUCCUAGAGCAGGCGGUGGAGGACUAUGCCGACACCGUCCACCAGUUGUCCAGCACCAGCCGUGGCCUGGUGGCCGCCGAACACCCCGACAGCGAACGCAUCGGGAUGCGCCAGUCUCAGGUGGACAAGCUGUACGCAGGCCUGAAAGAUCUGGCCGAAGAGCGUCGAGGAAAACUGGAUGAGCGUUUCCGGCUUUUCCAGCUCAAUCGGGAAGUGGAUGACUUGGAGCAGUGGAUCGCUGAAAGGGAAGUGGUGGCUGGAUCUCAUGAGCUUGGACAGGACUACGAGCACGUCACCAUGCUGCAGGAGCGUUUCAGAGAAUUUGCCCGUGACACAGGAAACACUGGCCAGGAGCGCGUGGACGGCGUUAACCGGCUGGCAGACGAUUUGAUCAACUCAGGCCACGGCGAUGCCGCUACCAUCGCUGAGUGGAAGGACGGCCUGAACGAGGCCUGGGCUGACCUGCUGGAGCUCAUUGACACCCGCACGCAGAUCCUUGCUGCCUCCUAUGAGCUGCACAAGUUCUACCACGAUGCCAAGGAGAUCCUCAACCGGAUCCUGGACAAACACAAGAAGCUUCCAGAGGAGCUGGGCCGAGACCAGAACACGGUGGAGACCCUGCAGAGGAUGCACACCACCUUCGAACACGACAUCCAGGCUCUGGGAACGCAGGUCCGACAGCUUCAGGAAGACGCCGUCCGUCUGCAGUCGGCCUAUGCCGGAGACAAAGCUGAUGACAUUCAGAAGAGAGAAGGAGAGGUUCUGGAGGCCUGGAGGAACCUGCUGGAGGCGGCGGAGGGCCGGCGGGUGAAGCUGGUGGACACCGGAGACAAGUUCCGCUUCUUCGGCAUGGUGAGAGACCUGAUGCUGUGGAUGGAGGACGUGACCCGGCUCAUCGAGGCCCAGGAGAAGCCGAGAGACGUGUCAUCAGUGGAGCUGCUGAUGAACAACCAUCAGGGCAUCAAGGCAGAGAUCGAUGCCCGAAACGACAGCUUCACUUCCUGCAUCGAGCUGGGGAAAGCCCUGCUGGCCCGGAAACACUACGCUUCAGAGGAGAUUAAAGAAAAGUUGUUACAGUUGACGGACAAGAGGAAAGAGAUGAUUGACAAGUGGGAGGACAGAUGGGAGUGGCUCCGCCUGGUCCUGGAGGUGCACCAGUUCUCUCGGGACGCAGGCGUGGCCGAGGCGUGGCUGCUGGGACAGGAGCCCUACCUGUCCAGCAGGGAGAUCGGGCAGAACGUGGACGAGGUGGAGAAGCUCAUCAAGCGCCAUGAGGCCUUCGAGAAGUCGGCCGCCACCUGGGAGGAGCGCUUUUCAGCACUGGAGAGGCUGACCACGAUGGAACUGCUGGAGGUCCGCAGAAGGCAGGAGGAAGAGGAGAAGAAGAGACAACCAGAUGAGGCUCAGGCUGCUGAUGCUGCAGCUCAGAGAAGGGAGGGUGAGCCGGUGUCCCAGAACGGGCUGCAGUCUGAGCAGGAGUCUCCCAGGGACGCAGUUGAUGGGGGCGAUGUGGUCAACGGGGUGUCAGAGCCCAGUCCCUCGGGGUCUCCUGGAGCAUCUCGCAAGAGCAAACCCAGUCAGGCAGCAACUCUGCCAGCUAAAACCCAACAGGAUGCACCGACGUCUCAGCUGGAGGCCUUUCUGCACCGCAAACAUGAGUGGGAGGGCCACAACAAGAAGGCCUCAAACAGAUCCUGGCACAACGUGUACUGUGUGAUCAACAACCAGGAGAUGGGUUUCUACAAGGAUCAAAAGAGCGCCAGUCAGGGCAUUCCUUACCACAGCGAGAUCCCCGUCAGCCUGAAGGACGCCGUGUGUGAGGUGGCUGUGGAUUACAAGAAGAAACGGCACGUCUUCAAGCUCAAGGUCACUGAUGGGAAUGAGUAUCUGUUCCAAGCCAAAGAUGAUGAGGAGAUGAACACCUGGAUCUCGACCAUCUCUGCCGCUGUUGCAGGGGUUGAGAAGUCAGAGGUCACCCCCAGCAGCCACAGCACGCCCGCCCCCGCUGCUCGCGCCCAGACGCUGCCGGCCUCCGUCGCUACGACGACUGCUGCAGAGUCAAGCCCUGGCAAACGAGAGAAAGACAAGGAGAAGCGCUUCAGUCUGUUCAGCAAGAAGAAAUAAAUGCUCGUCUUUUCCUCUUUCCUCCAGUGCUGUUUGGGGUCGCUCCUCAUGAUCGAAGUUUGGUUCGAUGUUUGAAGAUGUCAGUCGACCAAAGUACCGAUUUAAUCUGCUCAUAGCAACUGAUGGUUACAAAGAAUUAACAGAGUAACCGCUCAGAAUGUAGUCGCAUUUAUUUAAAAUCUGUAGUCCUAACAAACAGAACCCCCCCAAUAAAAGCAGUCCUAAUCCCGAGUUUUAACAGAUGUUUCCUCCAGCUGUCACACGGUUGCUAUGUCAGAUCAGAUCCCAAACAGCCUCCUUUCCUCCUCUUCUGUCCUUCCUCCCUCUCCUCUUCCUCUCAAAGUGUGACUCCAGCAUGCAAGCUCCGAGCCAAACUCUCCACUCUGUGCCUAUCAACCGUCCGGUCGGCUCAGAGCUUCGGAUCAGCUACAACACACCACCUGAGACCUCGGUUCUGUUCCUGUAAGAUACGGAGUGGGAAACUUUAAAGGGACGCUUCGUGCAGCUGCAGUCGUACAGAUCAAACCUGAACGCCACCGUAGAGGAGCUCCCAGAUAAUCCCACCUUAUUCUGUCCUUGCUCUCGUUGUCUUGGCUUUUCUGCCUUUUUGUGGGUCGUGUUUACGCUCCCCAGCCUUCUGGUUUUGUUUUGGGAAAGUUGUCGGUGAUUCCCGUUUGGGUCCAUUCUCUGUUCCUUUAAUAUUUGUAUGUUGUUUUUUUGUUUUGUUUUGUUUUUUUGCGAGGCCUUGUCUUUGCAAGAUGCCGUGUAUCCCUCUGUAGUGGGAAAACUGAGACCACAGCAGGGUAAUCCUCUGAAUCUUCUGUAGUCACACACUUGUCUUGUGGAAGUGCGAAAGUGUAAAGUGAGAAGUUUUGUGCACUGAUUAAUCCUGUUUUUCUCUUGGUUCAUUUAGUGCAAUAAACCAGUGAAAAGCGAACAAUCAUGGUAAUGUUCGGCUCAGCUCCGGGGCUGUCUAAUUCCUGCAGCACAGUGUGAGCAGAAACAGGAAGUAGUUGUGAUUUGGAGUGUUACCCUGCUGUGUUUUGAACUGUAUGUAUAACUUGUGUAUAACAAACUGUUUAAAAUAAACCUGUGUUUAUUUCCUCUGUAACUGCUACUAAUAACCAGACGAGUGAUAAGCUUCUUUCUUUCUGUGAAAACUCGCAACAAAUCUGAAUGAAGGAGCCGUGGAGUUUUAACUCCAUGGGAGGAUUCCAGUGGCGUGUCCAGCUCUUUUAAAAUGGGGUGGCCCAGGUGAGGCACAACUUUGUGCAUGGGUGGCACCAAUGGUUAUGCUUUUUUUGUUUUACCCCCAAGACUUUUGUGGACAAUGAAACGCCGAUUUAAAGGUAAAUUAGUGUGGUGGCACCUGGGUUGGCCAAUCAGAUUCCAAGGGUGGCAUGUGCUACCCCAGGCCACUCCCUGGACACGCCCCUGGAGGAUUCUCAGCUGAAACUUUUAGGAAUGUUUGAUGAAUUUUCCAACAAUCAGUGAGGUUUCUUUUCUACUUUCUUUGUAUUUCUGAAACAUUAACCUCAACCCAUUAGUUACUUGGAAGGUGUUUAGUUGUGUGCUACACAUUUAAGUCGAUUCUAAGGUAUAUUUAGCCCGAGGAGCUUGAAGGCGUAGAUGUUCUUUAAAAGCAGACAUAACUUUAGGCAUUGCUGUUAAGUUUGAUUCUAAAAAGCUUUUUCUGGAAGUGUUGCUGAAUUAUGGUCGCUUGCUUGUUGGCUUCAGCUCUCCGUUGUUGGGAUUUCAGAGUUCUGCCGCUGAUGAAUUUGCAGUGAAAUCUGUCGUGUGGAUGCUUUUUGUGUACGGAAGUUCAUUUAUGACAAAAUUCACCAAAUGAUUUAGGUUUUCAUAAAAAUGAUUUGAAAACUACAAAGAACAAUAACAGAUGCUGGGAAAGAUUUUCUUUACCUUUUGGAUGAUUUUGUUCUUAAGAAGAACAAGCACAGCUAUCCUCUCCCAGUGGGGGGGGGGGGGGGGGGGGGGGUGCUGGUGAGAAGAAAUAAUGGUUUGGGAUUAUUUUGCACUAGUUCGGAUACCUGAAGCCAUCUGGGUUAGUUUGAGACGCAAUAAAGAUUAACAUCCAUGAAUCUGGUUUAUUUCCACAUUCAUUGUUUCACCUGUAAAGCUGUACCCACUUAGUAAUCCAUUUAGGUGUCUUUAGGUUUAAUAAUACCCUCAAUAAUAAAACAGAACUAACAAAUUGGUUUACUUUGACUAUAACUAAAAACAAAGCAGCAAAUUCUGACUCCUUUCAGUAUUUGGUCAUUCAGAUUUUAAUAUUUUGUAGCAUCCUUUAUCUUUUCAGAGCUACAAAGUAAUGUUAAAUGUGGCCAUGUUUUCACCGCCAGAGGUCUUCAGUAAUCAUACUGAUCAAAGGUAAAGUCUUGAGUUUUGUUCUUGUGAUUUUGUCACUUAUGAGCUUCCGUAGCUUCUAGAGAAAAGUGGAUGUAAAACUGGAAGAAUGAGCCUGAACAUGUGAAAGGUUUAAAAAUGGUCCCCGGCCAAUUGAAUUGGGUGGGUGUGGGGGGCUUACACCUCUGAUAAAGUGUUCAUGGGGGUGAUGGUGUUGACCCUGACUGACUUUUCUUUUUUCUUUUUUUGAUGCUACAAUCUUUGGCCAUUUGAUAAAUACAGUGUUCAUUCCUCAGUCACUGUAACCAUAGUAACAAUA